CUGAGCAAAAGCAAAAAGUUCCUUCCAGACGUUCUUCAGUGCUGUCCCCUUCUUCUGCUACGAUUCUCAGUAUCAAAUCAACCUCGAGGAGCUGCGAGAUUCUAAGCGCGUUGUGUGAUUUUGCUUCUUCAAUACUGUGGACAGCCAUUGCAUUAUUGAUCUCUUUUCAGCGAUGCAAGUUAGUCGCAACUGCCGAUGCUUGUGGUUUUCUGGUUUUUUGUGUGAAGUUGUUGGAAGAAUAGUUUUGGUUAUUGCAUUUUGGUUGGUGGAUUAAUGAGGGGGGCUACGAAGCACGAGCGGCGGUGGGCGUCGGAUACGGUUCCUGGAAAUGCGAAGAUGAACGCAGGAUCGUCUUCGGGAACGGAAGCGAGUGCGGCGGAGGUGUUUGUCAAGGUCACUGUCGAUCUACAGAACGAUGAUAGAAUCAUCCUACGCAGCGUUGACCCGGCUACGGUUAUCAACAUCGAUAACGCCGCCUCUGUAGGAUCUGAAACUCCGAAGUCUGCUUCGAUGUCGAGAUCGCCGACGGUUAAACGGAGCUCGUCCAAUCUGUUGCGUCUAUUUUCGCAGGAACUGAAGGCGGAAGCGGUUGCUAAGGCGAGGCAGUUUUCGCAGGCGCUGAAGGCCGAGUUGAAGCGGGUUUCCUGGAGCAAUGGACAUUCUACCGAAUCCGGAAAUGGAUUUGACUCGGCGUUGGCCGCUCGAGCUCUAAGGAAACGGCAAGUUCAGCUUGAUCGCACUCGUUCCGGUGCUUGUAAAGCGCUUCCCGGCCUGAGAUUCAUCAGUAGUAAGAUCAAUGACGUCGACGCCUGGAAUGAAAUCCAGAGCAAUUUCGAUAAGCUCUCCAAGGAUGGAGUCCUCUACCGCUCUGAUUUCGCUCACUGCAUAGGAAUGAAAGAUUCAAAGGAGUUUGCUCAGGAACUGUUCGAUGCUCUGAGUCGAAGACGAAGAUUGAAGAUCGAAAAAAUCAGCAGAGACGAACUCUUUGAGUUCUGGUCACAAAUUACCGAUCAAAGUUUCGAUUCGCGACUGCAGAUCUUCUUCGACAUGGUCGAUAAAAACGAAGACGGCCGAAUUACCGAAGAAGAAGUCAAAGAGAUUAUAUUGCUGAGUGCUUCGGCAAACAAGCUACUGACGCUAAAGGAACAUGCAGAGGAAUAUGCGGCCCUCAUCAUGGAGGAGCUGGACCCUGAAAGACUGGGCUACAUCGAGCUGUGGCAUUUGGAAGCCCUUUUGCUACAGAAGGACACGUACCGGAACAACAGUCAAGCCCUCAGCUAUACAAGCAGAGCAUUGAGCCAGAACAUACGGGGAUUAAGGAACAAAGGCCCCAUAACAAGGAUAAGAACAAAACUACUCUACUAUUUGCAGGAGAAUUGGAGGAGAAUAUGGGUGCUGACAUUAUGGGCCAUGAUCUUGGUUGGCCUUUUCAUGUGGAAGUUCUUCCUGUACAAGCAGAGGCAAGCCUCCAAGGUCAUGGAUUACUGUCUCCUUACGGCUAAGGGUGCAGCUGAGACCAUUUUGCUGCCCGUAUGUAGAAAUACCAUCACUUGGAUAAGGUCUACCAGGCUGGGAUAUUUUGUACUCUUUGACGACAAUAUCAAUUUCCACAAGACGAUAGCCGCAUCCAUUGGAGUUGGUGUCAUUCUCCAUGUAGGGAGCCACCUUGCCUGUGAUUUUCCAAGACUCGUACAGACAUCUGAUCAAAGCUAUAAUUAUGUGAAGGGUUACUUUGGACCAGACAAGCCUAGCUACUUAGAUUUGGUUAAGGGGUGGGAAGCUGUGACUGGCAUACUAAUGGUCAUCUUCAUGGCAGUAGCAUUCACUCUAGCUACCCGAUGGUUUAGAAGGAGCCUGAUUCAGCUGCCCAAGCCAUUUGAUAGGCUGACUGGUUUCAAUGCCUUCUGGUAUUCGCACCACCUGUUUGGCAUUGUUUACGUUUUGCUCGUCAUUCAUGGCAUCUUCCUUUAUCUUGAGAACAGAUGGUACUGUAAGACGACUUGGAUGUAUCUUGGUAUCCCACUUUUACUCUAUGCUGGGGAAAGAACCCUGAGAUUCUUCCGCUCAGGCUUCUACAGUGUUCGACUCCUCAAGGUUUCUGAUAAUACUUACCGACACUGCCACAUAAUGGCCCUUGCUCCAAUUUCAUGCUUAAAUGUUCAAGACUAGACUUCAAAUUUCUUUGCCUUCCACCAUUGGCUAAUGAUCAUGGGUUUAUAAGUAAGGAAUACAUCUCCAUUGGUAUGAGGCCUUUUGGAGAACCUUGGAGAACUCCAAACCAAAGUCAUGAGAGCUUAUGCUCAAAGUAAACAAUAUCAUACUAUUAUGAAGAAUCGUGAUUCCUAACAUGGUAUUAGAGCCAUACUUUUAACUUAGCCAUAUUAAUAGAAUCCUCAAAUGUCGAAUAAAGAAGUUGUGAGUCUCGAAGAUGUAGUCAAAAGUGAUUCAAGUGUCGAAUAAAAGGUGUACUUUGUUCGAAACCUUGAUUAAGGGGAGGCUGUUUGAGGGCUCCAUAGGCCUCAUGAGGCUCUAUCUGAGUGGGUGAUUGGACACAAGAAUUAAAGAGGGUAUUUGUUGAAGCUCGUGAAACACCAGUUAAUGGUAUGUUCAUCUUAAAAUCCCUUCAAAGGGGUCAUGAAUGAAGUGGCUGAGAUGGAUCAAAGGGGCGUCAUUGAGAUGCACAACUAUCUGACCAGUGUGUACGAGGAAGGAGACGCUAGAUCAGCCCUCAUCACGAUGGUUCAAGCACUAACUCACGCAAAGAACGGGAUGGAUAUUGUUUCUCGCACCAGGGUAAAUUUCAACUAUCUAAUCAAUUUUCUGAUAUACUAGAG